UUGAUAUGUGUGAAGAUUGGUUGCAGGGGGAAUGAAAGUGAAGGCUGAUCGUGAUGAGUCCUCUCCUUAUGCUGCUAUGCUUGCUGCUCAAGAUGUUGCUCAAAGAUGCAAGGAGCUUGGCAUUACAGCUAUGCAUGUGAAGCUCCGUGCCACUGGAGGGAACAAGACCAAGACUCCAGGUCCUGGUGCUCAGUCUGCACUCCGAGCUCUUGCUCGUUCUGGCAUGAAGAUUGGUCGCAUUGAGGAUGUGACUCCAAUUCCAACCGAUAGCACCCGUAGAAAGGGUGGUAGAAGGGGAAGACGUCUCUGAUUUGUUUCUUUCUCACAAUCUCUCAUUUGGUGCUACUUUCUAAAUUCCCCGGAACUCUUGUUGCUAUUGUUUUAAAAACUUUGCAUUUCAUUUCUUUUAUAUGAUACAUCACUGAAGAUGUUUAAUUAAAGAUAAACUAUUUUUAUGAAGCAA